UUUCUUUUAAUUUGCCUUUAGCUUCUGUGCUUCCUUAGCAAUUGUCUACGUCUCCUGUUUCAUCUGCUCCCCCUUCUCAGAACGAAAAAUGGGGGAGGGGAAUCAUGCUUUGAAUUCCCUGUUAUAUAUAUGUGUAUAUAUAUAUAUACACAUAUAUACAACUUUCUUUCGCUUUCCUCAUCCGUCUAGCAAUACCGUGACUACAAGUUCUUGAUGUUUUUAUACUUGGGAGAAGUAUUGUAGUAUUCAAUUCCCCUCUUAAUCUCCUGUUCUUGCUUUAAAGACUCUACCUUUAUAUAUUUAUAUAUAUAUAUAUACGAUUUGACUUCAUUUCCAAUUUUCUAACUUUCCACUUGAUUGCUCUUCCUCCCAAGUCCCACCCCCACUUUCAAGUGUUUUUCCAGGCUUUGUUUUGUGGUGUUUUUGGUUUUGGUUUUGGUUUUCUCCUCUGGAGAGUUUAUGAUGAUAUAGUGAUAAAAACAGCAGACCUCAACUGGGGUUUUUUUUCAUGGAAAUUGAUCUGAACCAUGCAGUGAGUGGGGGGGUGGAGGAGAAGAAGCAGAAGAAUGCAUCAUUUUGUAAUGGAGAGUGUGAGAAGGGGGGUGGUCUCUCCACUUCCACUUCCUCAUCAUGCUCCUCCUCCUCAAAUGCCUUUUCUUCUUCUUCCUCAGCUCCACCAUCUUCAAUCUACAUGGAGCUCUGGCAUGCCUGUGCUGGCCCUCUCACCUCCCUGCCCAAGAAAGGGAAUGUGGUUCUCUAUUUCCCCCAAGGCCAUUUGGAGCAGGCCUCUCCCUUUCCUCCCACCUUUCAGAUGGACCUGCCCACCCUUCCCCUCCACCCCCAGAUCUUCUGCUCAGUUCAGGAUGUUCAGCUUCUUGCUAAUAAGGAAAAUGAUGAAGUCUACACAAAGCUGACACUUUUGCCUAUACCAGAGCCAGUAGGUAUGAAUUUGGAGGGCAAAGAGCAUGGAGAUUUGGGGAUAGAUGAGGACGGUGGUGGUGGUGGUGGGGGGGCUGCCCCCGUAAAAUUGACCUCUCAUAUGUUCUGCAAAACCCUUACGGCCUCUGAUACCAGUACCCAUGGAGGCUUUUCAGUUCCUCGCCGAGCUGCUGAAGAUUGUUUCCCACCAUUGGAUUACAAAGAGCAAAGGCCGUCUCAGGAGCUCGUUGCUAAGGACCUGCAUGGAGUGGAGUGGAAAUUCCGACACAUCUAUAGAGGCCAGCCAAGGCGGCAUUUGCUCACCACCGGGUGGAGCAUCUUCGUGAGCCAAAAGGGUCUGGUGUCAGGGGAUGCGGUUCUCUUUUUAAGGGGAGAAGGUGGAGAUCUUAGACUCGGAAUAAGAAGAGCUGCUCGACCGAGAAAUGGAUUGCCUGAAUCAAUCAUUAAGAAUCAGACUUCUUAUUCCAGCGUUCUUUCUGCCGUGACAAAUGCUGUUUCUUGCAAGAGCACAUUCCAUGUCUUCUAUAGCCUGAGGGCAAGCCAUGCUGAUUUCAUUGUACCCUACCAAAAAUACGUGAAGAGCAUCAAUAACCGAAUCCCGGUUGGAACAAGAUUUAAAAUGAGAUACGACUAUGACGAUUCUCCCGAACGAAGGUUCAGCGGUAUUGUGACGGGAAUAAGCGACUUGGAUCCUUAUAGAUGGCCCGGUUCAAAGUGGAGAUGCUUGAUGGUUAGAUGGGAUGAUGAUGUGAUGAGUAAUCAUCAAGAACGGGUUUCUCCAUGGGAUAUUGAUUCUUCGGUUUCAUUACCGCCACUGAACAUCCAGUCUUCUCCACGAAUGAAGAAACUGCGGGCCAGUCAACCUGCACUGCCUCACGAAAGCCAUUUUUCAGACAUGGAGGAGUCUAUAAGAUCCUCUAAGGUCUUGCAAGGUCAAGAAAACAUAGGUUUAAUCUCGCCUCUCUAUGGAAAGAUUAACUGCCACCCGGAGUUUGAACAGCAAACUGUGCCUCGUCGGGAUUUUAUGCCUGCUGGUAUUGAAAAGACGAAACUCGGUGAACUUUUCCAAACUCAACCUCCAGCCAUGUACACAGGCUUUUUGGAAUCGAAUAGGUUUCCAAAGGUCUUGCAAGGUCAAGAAAUUUGCUCUUUGAGAUCCUUUGCCGGGAAAAAAGACGUAAAAUUCGGUUCCUGGGCUAAACCUGAACAGGGUUGCAAUGUUUUCCAAGCAUAUCAGAGCCCUAAGAACAAUUUCUAUCAUCUUGAUUCUCAAGGGAUGAGGAAUAAUACUUUUUUACCUUAUAAUGGGAUCUAUCGAGCUGGCCAGAAUCCCGUAAUGUUUCCACACAUGAAUGAUUAUCCUAGAGAAAAUCAUGUAUUGAAGCCGAUAUCCAUCCAAAACGGGAAAAGAAGGGAAGAGGGUACAAUACAAAAUUUCACCAGUGAGCAGAGCCCCCUCGAAAAGCCUUCCAAACUGGCAACCCCCGAGGCCCAUUUCAAGGACGAGAAGAGUGACCCUUUGAGCGGAACGGGGGGGCCUUGUAAGCUAUUUGGCUUCUCGUUGACCAAAGAGCCCUCCACCCUGAGCUCUCAAGGUUCUAGUAAGAGGAGCUGUACUAAGGUUCACAAACAAGGGAGCUUGGUUGGAAGGGCUAUUGAUCUCUCGAGACUCAACGGGUAUGAAGACCUGCUCAUCGAGUUAGAGAAGCUCUUUGGAAUGGAAGGCCUGCUGCGUGAUCCUAACAAAGGAUGGAGAAUCUUGUACACCGACAGUGAGAAUGACAUGAUGGUCGUUGGGGACGAUCCAUGGCACGAGUUCUGUGAAGUUGUCUCGAAGAUCCACAUAUACACGCAGGAAGAGGUGGAGAAAAUGAGCAUAGGUGGGAUAAGCGACGACACACAAAGUUGUCUAGAGGAGGCACCGCCAGUCACAACGGAUGCAUCAAAGUCAUCUUCAGUCGGCCUCCCCAACCCCAAUUCUUCUCCAACAGUGAGCAAGAUCUGAAGCUUUUUUAUGUCGUUAAUUCCCGUGUAAUGCUAUGAUGCUUUAACUUAGUUUGUAUCCUGAAAUUAUGCUCAAUAAUUUGCUCACUCCACAUGAUAAGUAUGUAAGUAGGAGGAGACUUUUUAUGACAGCAUAUGUAUAACCUGAGUUUGUACUAAUGAUUCCUAACAAUGGGAAUGUCUCUAGAACUAGAAAGCUUUUGUUGUUGUUGUUAAGCUUGCAAUCUUUAAUCUGCAGAAGUGAUUAGUCUGCUAAUGUCAAAAUUUCGUAUGAUGCAGUUUUUUUCAGUAG